AGGUUCUUGCCGCGCCCGCCUCCCCUGCUCGCCCCUCAGCAGAGCCCCUCGGCCGGCAGCAUGAGACGAGCCGAGGCCCCGCCGCCCUGCUCUGCCUCCCCCCCCCUGCUGCUACUGCUGCUACUGGGCGCCUCUGGUUUUUUCCAGUCCUAUGCAGUGGAAGUAGAUGUAAAGGAUGCCUCUAACGUUACGUGCUUGUAUGCACAAUGGAUGAUGAAAUUCUUGAUAAAAUAUGAAACAAACAUUAGUGAUUAUAAAAAUGCAAGUUUGGAUUUGCCAUCUACCGUGACACAUGAUGGAAGUGUCUGUGGCAAUGACACACAAGCUGCACUUCUGGCAGUACAGUUUGGAGACGGUCACUCUUGGAGUGUUAACUUUACAGAAACUAACGAAACUUACCAGGCUGACUUUAUCACGUUUACCUACAACACCAAUGAUAUUUCUGUAUUUCCUGAUGCUAAAAAAAAAGGACUGGUUACAAUUGUUGUAAAGGAUUCUAUGCAUCCAAUUCAACUAAAUAAUGUCUUCGUGUGUCAUCAUACUACCUCUUUUGAAGCAGAAAAUGUAACACAGUUUUUCUGGAAUAUUACUAUGCAGCCUUUUGUUCAGAAUGGCACAAUUGGUAAAAAAGAGACUAGAUGUCAUGCUGAUACACCCACUGCUGCACCUACUGUUGUGCCUACUGCUGCCAAUGUAACUACUGCAUCCACCACCACUUCAUCGCCUGCUCCAACCACCGCUCCCAAACCUGUUGAGAAUCCAGUCACAGGAAACUAUUCUCUUAAGUCAGGAAAUAAAACUUGUCUUCUGGCUACUGUGGGGCUGCAGCUGAAUGUUUCCCAAGACAAGCCUCUUCUGGUCAACAUCAAUCCGAAAACAACUAGUGUGGAUGGGACGUGUGGGAACACAUCAGCUACUCUGAAAUUGAACGAUGGAAACAGCACAUUAAUUGAUUUCACGUUCAUUGUUAAUGCAAGUGCAAGUGUACGAAAAUUUUAUCUGAAAGAGGUGAAUGUUACACUACUCAACCACCUGAAUGGUUCUGUCAUUUUAAAUGCAGAUAACAACAACUUCAGCAAGUGGGAUGCUUUCCUUGGUAAUUCCUACAUGUGCCGAAAAGAGCAAACUCUUGAGAUUAAUGAAGAACUUCAAGUACAUACUUUUAAUCUAUGGGUUCAACCAUUCCUUGUGAAGGAAAACAAGUUCGCAAUAGCUGAAGACUGCAGCCCAGAGGUGGACAACUUCAUGGUACCCAUAGCAGUAGGAGCAGCUUUGGGAGGAUUAGUUGUCCUAGUACUUAUGGCUUACUUUUUUGGCCACAAGAAACACUGUAAUGCUGGAUAUGAGCAAUUUUAAAAUGGGAAAGUGUAACUUUCUUGAAGCAAAUUAAUAAAACUGAACUCAAAAGACUCAGAACAGCAGCUUGCUUGCACAGUCAGGCAAAAUUAUAGGUUAAAACUAGCACCUGGCUAAGAACUGAUGUGGAAUUUAUUGUUAUGGUUUAUGUUUGACCUUUAUGAUGUGCAGAGAGUAUGUUCUAGUUUUUAAUCAACUGGUGAAUUAAUUUCAGUUCUUCUAAAAUACUACACUUCAAAUUUCAGAAUUGUGAAGACAUGCAGUGGUAUAAGAAUAAACGUUUUUGUUCUGGUCUGUGGAAACAGCAUUUAAUGUUUGUGCUUGUAUAUGUUGAAUAUUAAUGUAUAUAAUCUAUCAUACACUGCAGUUUGUUUUAAUUAGUAUUGACUGUGCCUUAUAUACAGUUUACUAAAUAUGAAAACUGUGCUUUAAGAUACCAAGAUUUCUGGUCUUUUAGCUUAAAGAUACCAUGGUAGUAGUCCUCGAGAAGUUUUUUCAGCUGCUGAAUGCUUCCUUUUAAAAAGUAAAAAUAAUAAACACUAUGGUGUUCUCUAUUGUAUAGCCUAUACCAAUAAAAAACAUUACAAAGUU